GUCCAAGUGCUUUAUCCCAGAUGUCGAACGCGACGAGUACAGCGACCUGGUCGAUGACAAGAAUAGCGCGACCACGACGUCGACGGCCAAGACUGGGGACAUCCACGGGCGCGAGAAAUCUGCCCGCAAUCACGAAAUCGGAGCCUCCGGCAUAGAGCAUGUGCCGGACGACACAUGCACCUGCGUAAAGCGUGGCAGCAUCUUCGAGGUGGUCGCCAGCCACGUUUGUCAGCGCUGGCGCGACGUUGCCCUCCACAGCCCGGGGUUGUAGACGUACGUCAAGUUCACUCCCGUGAGGCCCCACAAUUAUGGCCAGCUGUGUCUCGAGCGGUCGAAGAACGCAACGCAUCUGUUAACAUACACAUCGCCUUUGAUGGUGCCCCCCCUACCAGCUGCGAAGAUUGAGGAGGUUUUGGACAUCGUCACGCCCCACGUCGGUCACUGGCGCGCAUUCCAUAUCAACGUGGCAGAUUAUUCUCUCAUCCAUCCGGCACUGGUCCGCAUGAGCCACUGCACUUCUGCACCCAUGCUCGAGGUCCUGAAGCUGUAUGCCGACGAGGACCUCCGCGAGGACAGUGUUCCAUCCUAUGCAGCUGGUUGACUGGCCUAAAGUGCAUAUGACCGUCUCCAGGAACUUGUCUUAGGUUGCCUUUCAAACUGUAUGCGCCUGAGCUUCAGCG